AUGGCGCUCAGUUCUCUGCCCUGGACUCCUCUAAUCUGGCUGUGCAUGGGGUUGCUUCUUUCCUUUCUGUUGCCAGUACAUGGCAAAGAAUGUCCUCAUUUGUGUGUAUGUGAGAUCCGCCCUUGGUUCACCCCCCAGUCGACCUACAAAGAGGCAACUACAGUGGACUGCAAUGACCUGAGGCUGACACACAUCCCUACCAACCUUUCCACAGACACCCAGGUGUUGCUACUGCAAAGUAACACCAUCUCUCAUACCAGUGGAGAGCUAGAGGCACUGUUCAACUUGACAGAGUUGGACCUAUCCCAGAACAACUUUAGCACUGUGGAAGCUGUUGGCCUCACAAACAUGAACCACCUCACCACCCUGCAUCUAGAGGAGAACCAGAUAAGCCAGCUGCCAGACCACUGUCUGGGAAACCUAUCCAACCUCCAGGAGCUCUACAUCAACCACAACCACAUAAGCUCCAUCUCCCCUCAGGCAUUUGCAGGCUUGCGAAGCCUGUUGCGCCUUCACCUUAACUCCAAUAAACUCCAUGUCAUAGAUAGUCGCUGGUUUAAAGAAACACCAAACCUGGAGAUCCUCAUGAUUGGAGAGAAUCCGGUCAUUGGCCUUCUAGAUAUGAACUUUAAGCCUCUAGGAAGCCUGAGAAGUCUGGUUCUGGCUGGUAUGGAUCUCACUGAUGUUCCAGCAAAUGCAUUUGUGGGUUUGGAUAACCUGGAAAGCAUUUCCUUCUAUGACAACAAACUGGUCAGAAUCCCACAACUGGCCCUUCAGAAAGUUCCCAAUCUGAAAUUCUUGGACUUAAACAAAAAUCCAGUUCAUAAAAUCCAGGAAGGAGAUUUCAGGAACAUGGCACAUUUGAAGGAGUUGGGUAUCAAUAAUAUGAUGGAAUUAGUUUCUUUUGAUCGCUAUGCUCUGGACAACCUGCCAGAACUGACAAAGCUGGAGGCCACCAACAAUCCUAAACUGUCUUAUAUCCACAGGCUGGCCUUUAGGGACAUGCCCUCCCUGGAGAGCCUGAUGCUCAACAAUAACGCCCUCACUGCCCUUUACCAGCACACUGUGGAGGUUUUACCUAAUCUACGGGAGAUCAGUCUGCAUAGCAACCCAUUGCGCUGUGACUGUGUCAUUCAGUGGAUGAGUUCCAACAGGACCACAGUGCGUUUCAUGGAGCCCUUGGCCAUGUUGUGCACAUCUCCACCAGAACUUAGAGGCCAGCGAGUUCGCGAGCUGAGGCUGCUGGAAUCACCAGAGCAGUGCAUCCCCAUGAUAUCCCAUGACACUUUCCCCAGCCACUUGAACCUCGAGCUGGGCAUGAGUGUCAGUCUGGAUUGCAGGGCCAUGUCUGAGCCAGAGCCUGAGAUCUACUGGGUGACUCCUCUUGGGUCCAAAAUCACCAUAGAUACUGUGUCAGAGCGCUACCACUUGAGCAGUGAGGGGACCCUGCGGUUGUCCCAUGCGCAGGUGGAAGACUCUGGUCGUUACACUUGUGUAGCCCAAAACACAGAGGGGGCGGACACACGGGUCGCCACAGUCCGGGUAAAUGGGACCCUACUCGACAUUGCCCAGGUGAUGAAAAUCUAUGUCAAGCAGACUGAGUCUCACUCCAUCCUGGUCUCCUGGAAAGUCAAUUCAAAUGUCAUGUCCUCCAAUCUGAAGUGGGCCUCAGCCACCAUGAAGAUCGACAACCCUCACAUCACCUACACAGCACGCGUCCCUGUUGAUGUUCAUGAGUACAACCUCACACAUCUUCAACCAGCCACAGAGUAUGAAGUAUGCCUCACCGUCUCCAACAUCCACCUGCAAACACAUAAGUCUUGCGUUAAUGUGACAACGCGUGGUGCUACCUUUGCCCUGAACCUGUCAGACCAACAUCCAAGUGCUGCAGUUCUGGCUGUCAUGGCAACCAUGCUGGCCUUCCUUAGUCUGGCCACUGUGGGUGUUUACAUGGCUCGCAGAUGGAAGAGAAAAAACUACCACCAUUCCUUGAAGAAAUACAUGCUUAAGACCUCCUCCAUCCCCCUGAAUGAGCUUUACCCACCGCUCAUCAACCUGUGGGAGGCUGACGGUGAAAAGGACAAAGAUGGCAGCACAGAGGGAAAGCCCUCUCCUGUUGACACCACACGUAGCUAUUACAUGUGGUGA